CACAUAUUUAAAACACAACAUCGUUCUCCCCCACCGCCUUCACACGCAUACAUACACAGCCUGCAUCCACCUUGCACCUACUCAAUUGCAUCUCCUCGGCCAACGUCUGCAGCCCAUUACCCCGGAGCCAAGGUGUGCGUCCUGAUCUCGUGCCCCGCUACGACCUACCCUCCUCCGAUCAAGCGAGCAUUAAAGACACAGUAGCUAAAUCCAGCUACAGGAAUACAUUUCCAACGCACACACUCCGCGCAUUACAUCGAUAGCGAGUAUCAUGGCAACCCUCGAAGCUAAAGUCAAGAGCGUUCUCUCCGGCGACACGGUUAUCCUGCAUAGUGUCAAUGAUCCUCGGAAAGAGCGCACGCUCAGCCUCGCUUUCGUGUCUGCGCCCAGGUUAAAGCGGGAGGGAGACGAGCAAUUCGCCUUCGAAUCCCGCGACUUCCUGCGCCGCCUGCUUGUAGGCAAGGUCGUACACUUCCGCGUCCUGUACAAGAUUCCCACCGGCGCCAAUCGCGAAUACGGCGUCAUCUCGCUGCCGAACAAGACUUCGCUACCCGAACUCGCUGUUGCCGAAGGCUGGGUCAAGAUACGGGACGAUGCAGGCCGGAAAGAUGAUUCUGAGGAGGCAGCUGCUACUCUGGAGAAGCUCCAGGUGCUGGAGGCUAGGGCGAAGGCAGACUCGAAGGGUGUGUGGCAGGAAUCGGGAGGCAGGAUCAACUCGAGCUUUGAGCUGAGCGAUCCGAAGAAGUUCGUCGAGGAUAACAAGGGCAAGGCGGUCGAUGCGAUUGUGGAGAAAGUCCUCUCUGGCGACCGUCUCAUCGUUCGGCUCCUCCUGUCACCCACCGAACACAUACAGACUAUGGUACUCAUGGCCGGUAUCCGAGCACCAUCAACGAAACGCACGAACCCUUCAGAUGGAAAGGAACAGCCUGCGGAGCCCUUCGGCGAGGAAGCCCAGCAAUUCGUUGAGAUGAGGCUACUGCAACGCAAUAUCGUCGUCAACGUGCUCGGCGUUAGCCCGAACGGACAGCUAGUUGCAAACGUCAAGCAUCCUGUAAACGGCAGCAUCGCGCCCUUCCUGCUCAAGGCUGGUCUUGCGAGGUGUACGGACCACCAUUCGACUCUUCUCGGUCCGGAAAUGGGUGUUCUACGGCAGGCUGAGAAGACCGCCAAAGAUAGCCGGCAAGGUCUCUUCCAGGGCCAUGUAGCCCAGAAAGCGGGGUCCGGAGAACUCGAAGCCGUGGUUGGCAGGAUACAGAGCGCCGAUACGCUUUUCCUUCGGAACAAGAACGGCGCGGAGCGACGCAUCAACCUCAGCAGCGUUCGACAGCCCAAGCCCUCGGAUCCUAAGCAGUCUCCGUGGGGGCCGGAAGCUAAGGAAUUCCUCCGCAAGAAGCUGAUUGGAAAGCAUGUCAAGUUCACGAUAGACGGAAAGCGUGCUGCUACUGAAGGCUACGAUGAGCGCGAAAUGGCCACAGUCACUUUCCAGGGCAAGAACGUCGGGCUGUUGCUUGUUGAAAAUGGCAUGGCGUCGGUCAUUCGACACCGACAGGAAGACACAGACAGGAGCCCCAUCUACGACGACCUACUUCUCGCUGAACAGGCUGCGCAAGAGGGACAGAAAGGCAUGUGGGCACCGAAACCCCCGGCUGCGAAGGCAUAUGUCGACUAUUCGGAAUCUCUCGAGAAGGCCAAGCGUCAGCUCACACUGCUAUCCCGUCAACGCAAGGUCCCUGCCAUCGUCGACUUCGUCAAAUCUGGCUCUCGUUUCACUGUCCUGGUCCCCCGUGAAAAUGCCAAGCUGACAUUCGUUCUCUCUGGCAUUCGUGCACCGCGGUCUGCGAGAAAUCCAACAGAUAAAGCGGAGCCAUUCGGUCAAGAAGCUCAUGAUUUCGCGAAUAAGCGCUGUCAGCAGCGAGAUGUGGAGAUCGACGUUGAGGACUGCGACAAGGUGGGCGGCUUCAUUGGCACGCUAUACGUCAAUCGCGAAAACUUCGCAAAGGCGUUGCUGGAAGAGGGUCUUGCAUCCGUACACGCCUACUCCGCCGAGAAGUCUGGAAACGCCAACGAGCUCUUUGCCGCGGAACAAAAGGCCAAAGACGCACGGAAAGGCCUGUGGCACGACUACGAUCCCACCCAGGAAGGCGAAGAAGAAGCCACAAGUGCCGGCGCCGAGACGAACGGUCAUAAUGGCGACACGGUAGCCUCCCGCAGAAAGGACUACCGUGACGUAGUGAUCACGCACGUCGAUGACACAGGAAAGCUCAAACUGCAGCAAAUCGGUACCGGCACAGCGGCCCUCACAGAACUCAUGAACUCAUUCCGAAACUUCCACCUCAACCCCUCCAACAACCAACCCCUCCCCAACCCCAAAGCCGGCGACUACGUAGCCGCCAAAUUCACAGCCGAUGAUGAAUGGUACCGCGCGCGCAUCCGGCGCAACGACCGCGAGGCAAAGAAAGCAGAAGUCGUCUACAUCGACUACGGCAAUUCCGAACUUCUCCCAUGGUCGCGUCUGCGUCCACUCUCCCAACCCCAGUUCUCUCCACAGUCGAAACUCAAACCCCAAGCACUGGACGCGCAGCUGUCCUUCUUGCAGUUACCGACAAAUCCGGAGUAUCUAGCGGACUCAGUAGCUUUUAUCGCGGGGGAGAGCGCGGAUAGACAGCUCGUGGCGAAUGUGGAUAUGGUGGAGAAGGAUGGGACUUUGUGGGUUACGCUGUUUGAUCCCAAAGAGAGUAAGAAGGAGGAGCAGAGCUUGAAUGCGGAGGUUGUGAGUGAGGGGUUGGCAAUGGUGCCACGGAAGUUGAGGUCGUGGGAGAGGGGCGCAGGGGAGUUGGUGGAGAGGUUGAAGGGGAGGGAAAAAGAGGCGAAGGAGGAGAGGAGGGGAAUGUGGGAGUAUGGAGAUUUGACUGAGGAUGAGUAGGGGAGUUUUCUGAUACGAGUCUCGCUCUUUUCAAGGAUCCGGGGAAUGGGGGGCUGAGUGGAAGAUGGCAACCGGCUUUGGGGGAGUUAGUGUGGUUUGUGUGAAUAUGGACUCGUUGGCGGAUGGCCUACGGCCGGAAUCCUUCUAAUGACGGCAACGACGAUGACGACGACUGACGGAGGCAUGGUCAAGGCAAAAUGGAAAAAGUCGUGAAAAACAUGGAAUGGAGUUCAGGCCUUCCUGGGUUUGUCAUUUUGUUUACGAAAAGGAGGGGGAAGUGAGGCAUUUGCAUAGCGCAUCACAUUACAUUACUCAAAACGAAAUGAUAGGGUAUUCUUGUUUAGUUCUGUGAAAGGAGGAAUGUGGAAUGUGAGUGGUCGAUGGUGAGAUGUGUGUGGGUUUGGUGGAGGCGAGUGUUGUCGUUAGGUGUAUAUGAGGCAUCUAUCAAGUAUGCGAUAAUUUUCAAG